CCUAUUUGGAUACUCUGAGACCUGGGAUGCAUCAGGCGCUCUUGAAUUAGAUAAGACAACAGAACUAAGUGUCGGAGUCCAAAUGCCUAGGAUCGGAGCAAUACCAACUCCCCUGAUGGCUAGAAUAUCGUUUGUGUCUGACGACUGGUUAAAGUCCUCACUCAAAGAACACCUGAUGGGCGUUUCUGUCGACUUGCUCUCCACCAUGAACCACAACAUUACUUACAAUUUGGCAUGGAGAAAAUUAACUGAUCCAACACGCAUGCCAUCCAAUUCUGCACAAGAGGAAUUAGGACAUAACCUUUUGUCCUCUAUUAAGUACGCGUACAAGGUUGACCGAAGGGACUCAAGCAUAAGACCUGCACGCGGAUAUGCUUUUAUGUCGACUUCUCAAGUUGGAGGGCUUGCACCAGAGAGCAAAUAUUCACGUUUUCUUAGGCAGGAAUUUGAUCUUCGAAUGGCUUUGCCUCUGGGUGUGCUGAAUGGUGCUCUCAACGCCGGAGUGGCUGCGGGAGUCAUCCAUCCAUUGGAAAGGGGAUCUGCAGGAUCUGUCUCACCACUUGUAGAAAGAUUUAACUUGGGUGGUAAUAUGCCUCUUGUGUGCCACUUGGGUGGACCAUCUUCACUAUUAGGCUUCAAAACAAGAGGGCUACGGGCAGCAACAGAGUCCAGAACACAUGACCCCAACACUCCUGGCAAUGGCACUUCCCCUUCCUCUAAGCUAAAUGGUCUUGGAGGUGAAGUAGCGGUGACAGCCUUCGCCGACCUGUCAUUUGAUCUGCCUCUGAAGCCACUCAGGGAGCUGGGAAUCCAUGGUCAUGCUUUUGUCUGUGCUGGAAAUCUUGGUAGAUUAACGGAGUGUGAUCUGCGGAAGUUCCCUGCCACUGAAUUCCUGCAGACAUUCAGAAGUUGUGCAGGAUGGGGCAUAGUUGUGCCGACCAGACUGUUCCGCGUAGAGAUGAAUUACUGCUACAUCCUAAAACAGCUUGAUCAUGACGGGGGGAAGACAGACAUACAAUUUAACUUCUCAUCCUCCUAAUUUGUAAGAUGAAACCAAACAGAGCCUUAGUGGUAACAAAGCUCCUUGUAAACAUCUCAAUGGCAAACCUCAAAAAACCGGAUUUAUUAAUAAAAAAUAAGGUCAAAACCGGAUGUGAAAGAUAUGAGUUCGUAUACAAAAGAAAGAAAGAACUGAGUUCUUUAUACUUUGAUGGUCCACUGUCUGC